AUGACCAAAUCGCACACACUCACUCACGAUCACUAUGAGAUCCUCUCCCUCCCAUUCUCAACCUCGACGACGACGACGACGACAUCUCUAUCCAAACAACAACUCAAAACCGCAUACCACAAAGCCCUCCUAAAACACCACCCGGACAAAGCGUCCUCAGUGACGAAAGAUACAGACCUGCAGACGCAGUCGCAGUCGCAAUCAUACUCCCAACCCAAAACAAACCUACUUACCUCUCUCGCGACUCCAACCGUGCCCGAAAGCGCCUAUACAAUCGACCAAAUCACACUCGCCUACCGAACGCUCUCGGAUCCGCAACUCCGCGCAGAAUACGAUCGCGAACUACGCCUGGAUCGCGAGAAGGCCGCACGACGAGAGAAGACGGGGACGGUGUUCCAUACGGGCCUGGAGGUUGUGGAUUUAGAGGAUUUGGCAUGCGAUGAGGGGGACGAUGAGACGGGCCAGGCGACUUGGUAUCGGGGGUGUCGGUGUGGUGAUGAGAAGGGGUUUUUGGUCACAGAAGAUGAGCUGGAGAGGGAGGUUGAGCAUGGGGAGAUUGUGGUUGGGUGUCGGGGGUGUAGUUUAUGGAUGAAGGUGUUGUUUGCGGUGAAUGAGGAUGGAGAUGAUAUUGGGGAUGGGGGGCUCAAGACUUGA